UCUUCCACCAGCUGAGCCAGCAAAGUCUCUCAGUAUCCUUGAUUCCACCUCCUUUUUCAAUAUUGCCACUCCUUAUCUCUCCCUCUCUCUCUCUCUCAGCUUCUCAAAUGGCCACCGUCCUCAGGACUCCACCUUUGCGAGCACUUCUUCCGCCAUUUCAGUCAACAUUUUCGUCAAACUCUCCAAAACCCUUAUGCGUUUCGUUUAGGCGAAGCGACGGCACCAAAUUCUCUCCUGCUCGGACCUCCCUGCGGUUCUCUCGUUUACUAUCUCAACGGUUUGUCAAGUUCGUUCCGUCUGCUUCGCAAGGGGAAACAGAAACCGCUGAGACCGAAGAGGUUCUAGAACCCCAACUCAAGGACUCUUCAGAUGGUGCUGUUGGUGUGGAAGAUGAGACAAGUGAGGAUGCAGAUGAUGGUACAAGUGAUGAUGUGGAUAGUGAUGCUGAGGAAAGCCCUGCUUCAGCCAUUGUAGCAUCACUGCUGUCAUACAAAGAAGCUUUAGCCAGUAAUGAUGAAUCUAAAGUAGCUGAGAUUGAAUCAUUCUUAAAAUCAAUUGAAGAUGAGAAGUUAGGUCUUGAAAAGAAAGUGGUAUCUUUGUCUGAAGAACUGUCAGCAGAGAGGGAUCGGGUCCUGAGGAUAAGUGCAGACUUCGAGAAUUUCAGGAAGAGGACGGAUAGAGAACGCAUUUCCAUGGUGACAAAUGCUCAAGGGGAGGUUGUGGAGAGUUUGUUAUCCGUAUUAGACAAUUUUGAGAGAGCUAAAGCACAGAUUAAGGUGGCGACAGAGGGAGAAGAAAAAAUCAACAAUAGCUAUCAGAGCAUUUACAAACAGUUCAUGGAGAUACUAACCUCGCUUGGUGUUGUCCCUGUGGAGACAGUUGGAAAGCCCUUUGAUCCCUUGUUGCAUGAAGCAAUUAUGAGGGAGGAGUCCUCCGAGUAUGAGGAAGGGAUCAUCAUCCAAGAAUUCCGUAAGGGUUUUAAACUUGGUGACCGACUGUUACGUCCCUCAAUGGUAAAGGUAUCAGCCGGUCCAGGACCUUCAAAGCCUGAACAAGAUGCGUCAUCAGAGGGACAGGAUGAGAGUGAGACUAUUGAGGAGGGCGGCCCAGAAACAUUAUCUUCUUGAAAUCCAACAUAUUUUGUGUAGAUUCAGUUUUGCGAAAGGUUUAAUUUAUGUAGAAUUGCCACUUUUUGGGGGGUGUAUUUUUGGAAGUGGAACAUUGUUAAUUUUAUCCGUCGAGAAUUUUAUAUUGCUUUGAGGGAAUAGGCAUUGUUUUGCAUUUCUAUUCAUUGGUGUUUUUAUCUUUCUUUCUUCA